AUGGAUCGUGUUGCAUUGGUAUCGUCAUUAGCAUGGAUCAAGCGAGGUGUUGCGAAACAUGUACCCGAUAAAGUCCAAGUGAAUCCUGCUGAUUUACGAGAUAUGAUUCAAGGGGCAGAUGCGGAAACUAGUGAUCAAUCGGAUACAGACGAGGCAAUGCGAGAAGGCGAGGGCGAUGCCGCUGAAAAGCAGAAUGUUGGUGGUAUUCGUGGCUCUGCUCCUGAUUCAGAAGCAGAAGAACAGGAAGGGGACACGAACGAAUCUGCUGAAGACAAUAAAGCAGAAGUGAAUCCACUGGCUGGAAUAGCCGCAUUCGCGUCACCACUCGAUGAUCCUUAUAUAACACAACACAUUGAGAGUGAUGAAGAGGAGGACAAGGAGGAUUUCGAGAUUAAGGAGAACGAUAACCUUGUUGCUGUCGCGAAAAUCAAUAAGGGUGAAUUCGGUCUAGAAGUGUAUGUGUACAAUGAAGAGGGUGACGAUUGGUAUGUGCAUCACGAUUAUUUACUUGACGCUCCACCACUGUGCUUAGAGGCAAUCCAGUAUGAUCCGGGAGCUGAUGAUAGGAAGGGUAAUCUGCUAGCCGUCGGCACAAUGGAUUCAGCGGUAAGUAUAUGGGAUUUGGAUGUAGUUAAUGCGGUCGAACCAGUCGUGGUACUUGGCGAUCACCUUUCAGGUCAGUUUAUCCCGUCGAUUCGUUGA